UGUUAUGGUCGGAGGUGGCAUGUAUUUAAGUUUAUGAUGCAAGAUAAUGUAAGGAGAAAACAUAGAUAUCAAAGCUCAUAAAAAGGGUCCACACCCAAAGAACCUUAUCCAGUCCCAACCAAUGAAUUUUCAUUUCUGUUUACAUCCAAACCUACAGGCACUAUCCACUCCCUAGUCUCAUUCUACAUCACAAUUUGACUUCCAAGGAAAAUGUUCUCUCAUCUUCAUUUGAAUCUAAACAAACCCCCCAAGGGUGCGAUACAGAGUCAAUGGCCCAUUCACUAACUCCUGUUCCAGCCAGUGCAACAACACCCAUUGCCAAAUCAAAGAAGAUUCCUUGUCUAGGACUGCACAGAGUAUGGGCUUGCCACCAGAGACCAAAUCAUGUCUUAGAUGAUAAACUUGUUCAUCGCAGGACUGUGACAUUGAGCUUGGCAGGUGCAGUGCUAGGUUUGAAUGUUGGUGACCGGAUUGCAAAUGCAGCUAGAAGGCCUCCACCUCCUCCACCGGAGGAGAAAGAGGACCCCAAUGUGAGUGGUGUGCAGGCAAAAGUACUAGCUAGCAAGAAGAGGAAGGAAGCAAUGAAACAAGCUGUAGCUAAGAUGAGGGAGCAAGGCAAACCUAUCGAUGCACCAUCACCAUCUGAAUAGUGGUCUUAGAUUAUCAAUGCUGGAAAAAUAUACUCGUCUUUCGAGAGGGAAAACUGUACUACUCCAAUAAGCAACUUAGUAGAGUUUUAAUUCAUUUUGGGCAUGUCUUGUUCAAUAAAGAAGAAUACGUGACUGAAUAUAUAAACUAAGUUUGUUUCA